CUUCCUAGUAUGUGUGUUAAACAGUUGAGAAUGAUAAGACAGGUCCCGAGUGUCGGGCUGCCCGACACUAUGAGGUGCCCCUAACUACAUAGAUGUUUAAGCGGCGCACGUAUUGUGUUUACUUUCGUACAAAGGCGAUAUUGGCCAAUUCCAUAUUUUCCCAAGCUUUCCUUAUCAAAAUUCUUGGAUGUCGUGUUUGCACUGCCACUCAUUCUUUCACAUUCAAGCGCCUUCGAAUACGAACUUACAGAAUGGUCUAUGCCUAGAAAUUUCAUAGGACCCCUUCCUAGGUAGAUGCAGGAUUUGAGAACCACCACGUCAGCUUGCUACAAAGCUACC